UGCGACGUGAGGUCCGUUUUCGCUCACAUGUACGCCUCCUGUGUGCAUUCCUGAGGUAUAGCAGUUUUGAAGGCUGUCUGUAACAAACACGUUUGUGUAUUUUACUCAGUUUCAUUGAUAAAAAAAACUCCGUAUUCCAAUAAUGAGCUCCCAGAUUACUUGUGUCGGAUGGGUGGGGAGAGGCGUUGCCAAGGAAACCCCUGACAAAGUUGAGUUAAGCCAAGAGGAGCUCCAACGCAUCAUCACUGAAACUAAAGAGGAGCUGGGAGCACUAGCUGUCGAGGAUGAAGAAGAAGAAGAGGAUGAUGAAGGUAUUUCUUCAGAUCCUAAUAGCAAUACAGAAGUUGCUGAAGCUCCACAGGAUGAAAAAGGAGAAGAGAAAGAGGAAGAGGAUGAGCUAGCAGAAUAUGGCCUGGAUAGAUAUGACGAAGAGGAUUCAGUGACUGCUAAUCUGGGUGACAGUCUGGCUGGUCUCACAGUGUUCAGCUGUAAUGAAGAGGAUCCUUACAUCACCAUCAAAGAUACAGACCAGUAUGAGCGAGACGACUUCCAAAUUAAACCCGGUGAUAAUCUCAUCCUGUCUGGCAGGGCGGAGAAGGACUGCUGCAACUUGGAGAUCCACAUUUAUAACUCAGAGGAGGACUCCAUGUAUGUUCAUCAUGAUAUUCUGCUACCGGCUUACCCUCUGUGUGUGGAGUGGUUGAACUUCGACCCUAAUCCUGGAGAAGGAGCUGCUAACUAUGCUGCUGUGGGCAACAUGACACCACAGAUAGAUGUGUGGGACCUGGAUGUGGUGGACUGCUUGGAGCCGGUCUUCUCCCUUGGGAGCAAAAAGGCGUCCAAGAAGAAGAAGAAGAGCAAGAAGGGGGCAGCAGCAGAGCCAGAUGAGGGCCACACAGACGCAGUGCUGGAUUUAUCCUGGAACAAACUGGUCAGGAAUGUGUUGGCCAGUGGAUCAGCAGAUGACACAGUUAUUUUGUGGGAUCUUACUCAAGGCAAGCCAGCCACGACUCUGCGCCGUCACACAGAUAAGGUUCAGACGUUAUCCUUCCACCCAUUUGAGGCACAGACCCUGCUGUCUGGAUCUUAUGACAAGACAACAGUCCUGUAUGACUGCCGCAGUCCAGACAACAGCUAUCGGACCUGGAGGUUCAGUGGUCAAGUGGAGCGUCUGGUGUGGAACCACUUUUCACCGUGCAACUUCCUGGCCAGCACAGAGGAUGGAUUUGUCUACUGUCUCGACGCACGCUCAGAUAAACCUGUGUUCACACUGAGGGCUCACGAUGAGGAAGUUUCAGGUUUGAACCUCAGCAGCCAGAUUAAAGGAUGUCUGGUCACUGCAUCAAGCGACAAACACGUGAAGGUUUGGGACAUUUUGGGGAACAAACCCAACCUGGUCCACACACGGGAUAUGAAAAUGGGUGUGCUGUUCUGUGCUUCGUGUUGCCCUGAUCUGCCUUUUGUCUACGCCUUUGGGGGGCAGAAGGAUGGCUUGCGAGUUUGGGACAUAAGUGAUGUUGCGGCAGUUGCUGAGGUGUUCGGCAGUCGAGAACGCCUGGUGCCCAACACAGGAUCACAGGCAUCGAGUUCAGCAGCCACAGCAGAGAUGGAGGUCUCCUAGUGUUACUCUGGAUGCAUCAACAGACUGUAAAUAUGAAUAAACUGAGAAUAGACAAAAACACUCAGGCUGGUUCGCUUGCUGGUGCCUUCAUCUGGGAAAAGGAUUGAAAUAAAUGAGAGCUGCCACCAUGAAGGAUUUGGGAAAGGGACGUCAGAGUGAAAAAUUGGAAUUCAGGAACUUGUCCCACUUGUCUUGAUAUUUAAGAUAUCUAAAACCCAAGAAAAUGUUUCUUGUAUUCAUAAAAGUGAAUUUAUUUUUGAUUUCUAGGUUGGAAGAAGAUAUUAAAUUCAUCCUCAAUUUUUUCAGUUCUUUUGAGAUCUGUCUCAUUUGGCCUUUCUUCUUGAAUUUACAGCUGUGUUAUAAAGUACUAACACAACUUUCAGUUGCCCUGAACGGACUUUUAUCUGAACAUUAUAUUUACUGGCUCCCAUGAUAAUGAGUGAUUUCAGGUUGUUUUUACAAGAUCUCAACUUAAGCAAGUUCAUUUUCGUAGUUUUCUCAAUUCGAAUCAGUUUAUUUCUAUGUUUGUCUUCCUCUAUGUUCGUUUUGUGUUCUGGGGUUAUAAUUUAUGAUCAUCUGAUGUAAAUUGGAAGUCUAAGGAGCAACUAAAAUGAACUUGUUAUUACUGGAACAUGAAGUAAAUAUGAUGGAUGAUAAUGUGUACAUUGCCACAUUUCUUUACCUGGGUGUCCUGGUAGAAAUAAAUGGUGAAAUGAAAUAUUUUGAGAAAUGAUAAACUCUUUGAAAAACUAUAACUUCAAUAAAUACAUAAAUGCAGUUAA